AUGGACAAUCAGACCCAAGUCUCUGAAUUCAUCCUCCUCGGCCUCUCCCAGCAGCCCCUGCAGAGGCAGGUGCUCUUCAGCCUGUCCUUCAUUCUGUAUUUGAGUGGGUGCCUGGGGAAUCUUCUCACCAUCCUAGCCAUCAUCUUGGACCCUCACCUCCACAGCCCCAUGUAUUUCUUCCUCAGCAACUUGUCUCUUCUUGACAUCUCUUUUACCUCCACCACCAUCCCCAAGAUGCUGGUGAACCAUCUGUGUGGGCUCACCACCAUCUCCUUCUCAGCUUGCCUGGCCCAGAUGUAUUUCUUCAUUGCCUUUGGGGCAGCUGACAGCAUGCUUCUCUCAGCCAUGGCUUACGACCGCUACCUGGCCAUCUGCAGCCCACUGUACUACAUGACAAUCAUGAGUGUCCUUCGGUGUACUUUGCUGGUGGUGAUACCCUGGAUCUCAGCCAACCUCAUCUCCAUGGUCCACACUCUCCUGAUGUCCCACUUGUCCUUUUGCACCAAUAGGAUCCCACACUUCUUCUGUGAUAUCAAUGCCUUGAUCAAGCUCUCCUGCUCUGACACCCAAGUCAAUGAGAUGCUGGUGCUGGUCCUUGGGGGCCCAGUGGUUCUCAUCUCUUUUGUGUGCAUCAUGGCCUCCUAUACACCCAUUGCUGUGACUGUGUGGAAGGUGCCUUCUGCCCAGGGCAGAUGGAAAGCGUUCUCCACAUGUAGCUCUCACCUUUGUGUUGUUUGUCUCUUCUAUGGGACUAUCAUCGGGGUCUACUUCAACCCUGAAUCUACACACACCACCCAGAGGGACAUGGCAGCCACAGUGAUGUACACCAUGGUCACCCCCAUGCUGAACCCCUUCAUCUACAGCCUGAGGAACCGAGAUCUGAAGGGGGCCCUCCAGAAGCUUCUUCUCAGCAAGAACCCCUUUGCCCAGCCUCUUUAA